ACCUGCAUGAUUGUUGCAACAUGUAAAUAAUAGGUGAGAGGACAAUACCAUUGGUGGAGAUCAAAUAGUCAAUAACUUGAUAAGUUUAUUAUUUUAACAAAGGUACUAUACAGAUUCAAGUAUACACAUAAAUGACCCAAGUUGCCAGUAGUAUAUAAAUUAGUUUAUAUUUCGACAAAGAAAUGAUUGCUUUGGACUAUUCACUUCGAGACUGCAGAUGAUUUCGUGUCGGAGAUCAAAAAUGAAAAUGAAGUUAUCACUAUAUCAGCUGUGUGACAGAUGACAAUCCACAACUAGCUGAUGAAUAUAAAAGUGUUCCCGUUCAUAGACAGGUUUGGCAGCUAUAACGUUAAUGGCAGUUCCCGUCGCCCAGAGAGCCCUGUUACAGAGACUUCAGAGUAUGAUGAUGAUGCGAUCAUUAGAGAAAGGCAGUUCUGUGGAGGGCUCUGCUGUUUCAAGGGAUGUCUGAUUGGUACUCUAGGCUUCGUCUACUUCCUUCUUGUAAUACCCACAGGUAUACUGCUUACAAUGCAUGGCUCGAACAACGCCAACAACAUUACAUUGGUAAUAGGUCUGUGUUUGCUCAUCGUUCCCACUGUUACAGCGACAUCUAUAUGCGGCAUCUACCAGUAUCGACGCUAUAAGACGAAAUGCAUUGCUCAAGAAGAAAAAUAUAAAACGGGAGUGAACGGCAGCAAUAGUUCACAACAGCGUUAUUGAAGAUGAUGAUCAUUAUGAAGGAGAGUGCCAAACAUGUUGAUAUUUGUUGCCUGAUGUAGGUGUUAGACCAGACUCUUGGCUCGGUGCAAGCCAAGUGCCCUAGUGGAGUACUUGGUACUUUACUUGUCCAGUACUAGAUCCAGUUGAAUGCUAUUGUGUCAGUCUAGCACUAGUCCUUCCGGUGCUUAACCCACGCUUGCCUCACUUCAACUGUGAUUCCGACCAUACUAAAUGUGCAAUACGCGCCUGUGGGUUGAAUUGAAUGAUACCCGGUGGGAAUGAAUAUUUAUAAAUAUCUAAGGAGUGAAUUACUGUAUCUUCCAUGACAAGUUUAUCUACAUCGUCAGGUGUAUCUAGGAAAUUCGUCAUCCUAGUGUCUGUAGCUAUGAGAAUGCGUUCAGUGAUCCUGUCUGUGUGAAUACGGGUAGUCUGAUCUUGUAUUAAUUAAUCCCCUAGGGAGCGGGCGGAUAGCAGGGCUUGAUGAGACUAUGAGCACCAACAGAAACAAGUAAUGGAAAAAAUGGAUGCAAAAACGAUUGAUCUAAUAAAAGAACCGUUCGUCCUUUUUGUCUCUACUUAAGAUCUCAGAAAACAUAAACAACUGCUGAUAUUGUAUUAUGUAUUAGAUGAUGUAUAUUUGAAUGACAUGUUAACAAUGGAAUAAAUUAAAAUGGA